CUAAAUGUUUGAUAACAUAGUGUCAUACGAACUAUAUGAUAAAAAAAUGUGAAUUUCGCCACACCAAUGGGAGCUUUAUAAUGCAACUGGCUCGGUUGGCCGUUGUAAUAUAACAGUGCGAGUACUUCGACUAAACAAUACGCACAUAUUACACAUCUCAUUUAGUUUAUUGCGAAAGUUUCAUUCGAACACACGCUAUUUUAUACAGCUGUUUUUUUUUGUAAACAAGUACAAUUAUCAAUUGUCUAACGAAGAAGAUGUCAAAGAUAACUGAAACGCAAUAUUCGAAGGAUAACAACAUCAAGAGUGAGCAGCGAGAAGAAAUCCGAAUUGAAGACAUUCUGGAAGAAGAUACCGAUGAUGUAUUCAAAAUGUUACGGACAUUCUUUUAUAAGGAUGAACCAAUAAACCACUAUAUCGAAUUGGGUGUCAGCGCCGAAUUAGACUCAUACACACAAAAAGCGCUUGUUGACAAAUGUUCGUUCAAAGCGGUUAAUGCACAUGGCGAAAUAAUUGGUGUGAUCGUGAAUGCCAUUGCAAAAAAGCCAAAUCCAAAUGACCCAAUUCACAGCUAUUCUGCCGGAUGUAAAGAUCCAAAAUUUAAGAAAAUUCUCAUGCUGUUUGAUUAUAUUGAUGAACAGUUUAAUACAUUUAAAUUGUACCCAGAUAUUGCCACCUAUUUAGAUGUAGCAAUUUUAUCAGUAAACGCAAACUAUCGUGGCUAUGGCGUGGCUGGGAUGCUGAUGGAAAAAACAUUGAAGUACAUGCGAGAGAAUGAAAUAAAAGUGGUCAGAGUGCUAUGUACAAGCUUUUAUUCGGCAAGAGUCUGCGAAAAAACGGGCUUUAAAAAAGUCUAUAAUCUGCCUUAUGCGGAUUAUAAGGUUGAUGGCGUCACUGUAUUUAAACCAGAAAAACCACACGAGGCUGUUCAAAUUCUGACGCAAGAGAUUAAUUAGGGAUUUUCUAACUAUCAAUACCGAUGCUUUGGUCUUUUUGCAGAUUUUUUUCAUCUUGCAGUGAUUUCUAUUAAAAAAUAUCCGAAUGUACUACUGACGACGUCAGACGUUGAAUACGAAAUAAA